AUGGGUUUAACUGACAAAUUGAAAGGAAUCAAGAAAGACGACGUUGACAACUACAACGAACAAGCUGGUAAAUACGCUGGUGGAAAAGAUGGCCAAACCGGUACUGACUUAGCUCAAGAAAAGUACAAGGAAUACAACGCAAAGAAAUCUGGCUCAGGAACUGGUUCGGGAUCUGGUGCUGGUACUGCCGCUGGAACCGGUGCUGGCGCUGGCGCUGCUGGUGCUGCUGGAGGUUACGGUGCUGGAUCAUCAACUUCGGGUAACCACUCAGGUACUACCUCCUCAGGUUACGGUAACCAAUCUGGAACUACUUCUUCAGGCUACGGUGACAAGUCUUCUUCUGCUGGAUACGGAAACCAAUCUGGUACCACCACUUCAGGUUACGGAAACCAAUCUGGUACCACUUCAUCUGGAUACGGAAACCAAUCUGGUUCUACCACCUCCAACGCUUAUGGAAGUCAAUCUGGUUACGACAACACUUCAUCCGGUCACCACGGUUCUUCUGGUCACCAUGCCUCAUCCGGUAACCACAAUGCUGCCACUGGUGCUACUGGUGCUGCAGGCGCUGCUGCUUACGGAUCUUCCAACUCAGGGUCUCACGGUAACCACAGCUCCAAGUUAGACCCAAACAAUGAAUAUGGUUCAGGUUACUACGGUAGCGAACCAGCUUCCACUGGUGCUUACGGUAACCAAAACGCCACAUCUCACGGUUACGACGGUAGUGAAUAUGGCAACACAUCAUCUAAACACCACCACGGUCACCAAGAUGCAAGCAAGCACGCCCCAUCCACCACUGAAGGAGGUGCUACUGGUGCUUACGACACCCGUGGAAACACCUCAUCACAGACUGGUCACGGAUCAUCCCACACUGGUUCUGGUGCUUAUGGUUCUUCCAACACUGGUUCUAACGCUUAUGGUUCUUCCAACACUGGUUCUAACGCUUAUGGCUCUUCCAACACUGGUUCUAACGCUUAUGGCUCUUCCAACACCGGUUCCACUGGUGCUGGAUAUGGUACUGGAUCAUCUACUGGUCACUCCGGAGCAGGUUCCCACUCCUUCAAGACUGGUAACGAUGCUUUGGACUCAAAGAUUGCUCAAUUGCCAGAACACUUGCAAAGGGAAGCUCACAAUGAAUUCCAAAAGGGUUACGAAGCUGCCAAAUCUCAAUACAAAUCAUAA